GGAUGAGCCACUGUUUACUUACAGGCAACGGUAGGUAUGCCUUGGACCUGAAAUGCCUAUAUUAUCCGCACAGCUGAGCAUAUGCGAUGCCCCUAUGUGGCUUUCCUAUCUUAUAAAUAUGCUCAAUACCUCUCACCGUCGUCUCUUCUUUCUCAAGCCUACAGACAAGCAUACCAGGAAGCUUAGCCUGCAUCGUUAAUUGUCAUUCGUUUCCAUAUUCAGGUACUGAUUCGCUGAAACACAUCUCAGUCAUGGUUGCCUCUAGCAAACCAUGGGUCACACUGAUGGCUUCACUUUUAACACUGUCAACUACAGUCGUGGCCAAAGAUUGGGAAGGCCCUGCAUAUCCUACGCAAAGCUUUUUCAGUCAGCCUUUGCCAAUCCCAGGGGUAAAAGCCCCAAAGUAUACUUUCACGAAUCCUCAGACCGGUGGUCCCAUCGACUACUAUGAACUGGAGAUCAAGCCUUUCCAACGAAAGCAGUAUCCAAAUCUGGCCAAGUCUGCUCGUAUGGUCGGGUACGAUGGUCAGUUCCCUGGACCUACCAUCGACAUUGAACAGGGUAGGGAGUCUGUUGUGCGGUAUAUCAACAAUGGGGACCGUCCCGCGUCGACUCAUCUUCACGGGAGCUAUAGUCGUGCCCCUUUCGACGGGUAUGCCGAUGACCACAUUGAUGUUGGUCAAUACAAAGACUACUACUACCCCAACCAGCAGAACGCUAGAACCUUGUGGUACCAUGACCAUGUCGUCGACCACACCGCUGAGAACGUUUACUUUGGCAUGGCCGGCCUCUACCUUCUGCACGAUCAGCACGAGCGUGACCUCGCCCUCCCAACCGGCAAAUACGACAUUCCCUUGCUUAUCAUGGCCCGCCAGUAUAACAGCGACGGUACGCUCUGGGAUCCCGAAAAGAACGACGAGGAUACGUCCAUCUAUGGCGACGUCGUCGAAGUCAACGGCCAACCCUGGCCAAACCUCAAGGUCGAACCCCGCAAAUACCGCUUCCGUCUGCUCGACGGCGGCAUCAGCCGUACAUUCAAGCUGUUCCUAAACGCAGACCAGAAAAACAACCAGCGCGUGCCCUUCUACGUCAUCGGCUCCGACUGCGGCCUGCUCGCCCAGUCCGUCGUCACAGACCUCGUCACAAUCUCCAUCGCAGAGCGCUGGGACGUAGUCAUCGACUUCUCGCAAUUCGCAGGCCAGAACGUCACCCUUCGCAACGACCACGAGGAAGUCAAUCCGGACACGGAGUAUCUCGGCACAGACCGAGUGAUGCGCUUCAUCGUAGGAACAACCGUGUCCGACUCCUCUAACAAUGGUGCUGUGCCCGUUCAGCUACGCGACGUGCCCUUCCCGCCCCAGGAUCAGUCUGUCAACACGCGCCACUUCGAGUUCGGCCGCGGCGGCAGUAACUGGGUCAUCAACGGCAUCGGCUGGCACGACACCGCAGACCGUCUCCUCGCCGCGCCCCAGCGCGGCUCCAUCGAAAUCUGGGAACUCGAGAACGGCGGCGGCGGCUGGAGCCACCCAAUCCACGUCCACCUCGUCGACUUCCAAGUGAUAAGCCGCACGGGCAGCGACCGCAGCGUACUCCCCUACGAAUCCGCCGCCCAGCAAGACGUCGUGUGGCUCGGCCCCGGCGAAACCGUGCGUGUAAUCGCGCGCUUCUCGCCCUGGCCCGGGCUCUACAUGUUCCACUGCCACAACCUGAUCCACGAGGACCACGAGAUGCUCGCCGAGUUCAACGUCACGCAGGUCGCCGAUCUGGACCUGAACGAGCAGAACCUGUUUAUCGAUCCGCUGGCGCCCGAGUAUGCGCCUGUGGGGUUUGCGCAGGGGGAUCUGGCGGCGGGGACGAAUGCGUUUGCGCGGGAUGCGGUGGCGGAGAAGGUGGCGUGGUUUGCGAGCCUGAAUGCGUAUGCGGAUGCGGCGGUUGUGGAGGAGAAGUUGGUCGAGUAUUGGGAGGGGAAGGCGGCGGCGGAGAAGAGGGAUGGGGGGUUUGGUUUCUUGUUGCGUUCGUAUUGUCGGUUGUAG